AUGGGGUCACCGCUGCGCUCAGGAAUGACGGCGGUGCCGCAGCACUACGGCUCCACCCUCCCCAGGCAGAGCCAGCCGCUGGCGUACGGCACCGAUCCAUACGGCCUGUACCAGAGGAGCGCUCUGCCCGCCCAGACAGCUCAUAGAUCCAGCGUAAUCCCAGAUUACACGAGGCUCCACAGCUCAUACGCCGGUCACAGCGGGCAAAUUGAUCCAGAGCUGAGGGCGGCGUUGUCUCCAGACUGCCACAUGACGCCUGUUUUCGACGAGCGCUCCUUCCACAGCCCCCUGUACCACAGCCCCACCCACGACCCACAGGGCUCCCUCUACAGGACAAACACAGGAAUGGGGACUCUCCCUCGGACCACAAGCCAUUGCAACACGCUGCCGUACCAAAGAAGCAGCUAUGGGCUGAGCUCUGCAGCUGUAUACGUCGACUCCUUCAGGGUUCCCGGCGAGCCCGUCUACUCACACAGGCACUCUGGACUGGUGGACCAGGUGGUCACCCGAACCCCGUCCAUCGAGAGCAUCCACAAGGACCCCAGGGAGUUUGCUUGGCGUGACCCCGAGCUGCCCGAGGUCAUCCACAUGCUGCAGCAUCACUUCCCCUCUGUCCAAGCCAACGCCGCCGCCUACCUGCAGCACCUGUGCUACGGAGACAACAGGGUCAAGGUGGAGGUUUGUCACCUGGGAGGGAUCCAGCACCUGGUGGACCUCCUGGAUCAUAAGGUGGCCGAGGUUCAGAAAAGCGCCUGCGGGGCCCUGAGGAACCUGGUGUACGGCAAGGCCACCGACGACAACAAGGUGACGCUGAGGAACUGCGGUGGCGUGCCUGCCCUGCUCCGCCUCUUCCGGAAAACAACUGACAAUGAAGUCCGUGAACUGGUCACCGGCGUCCUGUGGAACCUCUCCUCGUGCGACGCGGUGAAGAUGACCAUCAUCCGCGAUGCUCUGACCACGCUGACCAACACAGUGGUCAUCCCCCACUCAGGCUGGAGCAGUGUUUCUCACCGUGACGAGCACAAAGUCAAGUUCCAGUCCUCCAUGCUGCUUCGCAACACCACCGGCUGCCUGAGGAACCUGAGCUCAGCAGGGGAAGAGGCGAGGAGUCAGCUGCGGUGCUGUGAAGGUCUGGUCGACUCGCUGCUCCACGUCCUCAGAGCCUGCGUCAACACCUCCGAUUACGACAGCAAGAUAGUGGAGAACAGCGUCUGCACCCUGAGGAACCUUUCGUACCGCCUGGAGAUGGAGAUGCCCUCCUCUCGCCUCCUCGGCAACCAGGAGCUGGACACCCUGCUGGGGUUCUCCUCCCCAGCCAAGGAGCUGGACUACCUCUGCUGGGGCAAGAGGAGGCGUGGCAGGAAGAGAGGCGGCUGGCCCGACUCCAAGUGGGACGGUGUCGGGACAGUCCCGGGUUUCUCCCAGUCUCUGAGAGGAGCAGAGCUGCUGUGGCACCCAAUGGUGGUGAAGCCGUACCUCAACCUGCUGGCUGAAAGCUCCAACCCCGCCACCCUGGAGGGCGCUGCCGGGUCCCUGCAGAACCUCUCUGCAGGAAACUGGAAGUUUUCGGCCUACAUCCGAGCAGCGGUGCGUAAGGAGAAGGGCCUUCCCAUCCUGGUGGAGCUGCUGAGGAUGGACAACGACCGGGUAGUCUGCUCCGUCGCCACCGCUCUGCGUAACAUGGCAUUGGACAGCCGCAACAAGGAACUGAUAGGAAAGUACGCCAUGCGGGAUCUGGUGAACCGGCUGCCUGGCGGCAGUCCCACUGUGCUGUCAGACGACACGGUGGCAUCAGUCUGUUGCACGCUGCAUGAAGUCAUCAGCCGCAACAUGGAGAACGCCAAAGCUUUAGCCGACAGCGGAGGCAUCGAGAAACUGGUGGAUAUCAGCAAAGGUCGAGGGAAAGGAUAUUCGAUGAAGGUUGUGAAGGCAGCUGCUCAGGUGCUGAACACCCUGUGGCAGUACAGAGAGCUGAGGACCCUCUACAAACAGGAUGGCUGGAACUACACCCACUUUGUCACCCCCGUCUCCACUCUGGAGCGGGACCGAUACCGCUCUCAGCCGACCCUACCCACCAGCCCAAUGCAGAUGUCCCCCGUCAUUCAAUCAGGCGGUAGUGCAACAUCCUCGCCAGCGAUGCUCGGGAUAAGAAGACACAGUUCAAACUAUCAGCGGGCCCAGUCAUCUAUGCAACUCGACACAUAUUAUGGAGACAACAGUUUACACAAACGGCAGUACACAGGGUCAGAGAAGAAAACCCCAUAUUUCAUUGGGACCUAUUCCUCCCAGUCAGGAGAGGAUCUGAGAAGAUCCCAGCACCCAGAGCCAUUCUACGACGAACCCGACAGGAAGAACUUCAACAGCUACAGAAUGUACCUGUCGUCCCCACAAGGCUACGGCGAGGAGCACUUUGAGGACGAACCGGCCCACCUGACCCCGUCUUCUCCCGACGGCUACGCCACCCAGUCGCUCCGAUUCAAAGCCAACACCAACUAUGUGGACUUCUACUCCACCACACGGAGGCCUUCAAACAGGGCGAACAAGUUCACCGGCUCCCCCGACUCGUGGGUGUAGAAAGAAAACAGACGCCGUGGACAUCAAGUCUUCACCACGUUGGCUGUCCGUUCCUGUGGGUGUAUGUGUGCGGGGAGUGCGUUGUGUGGCUGCGUGAAAGGUUGCGGAUGCAUGUGGAUAUGUAUGUGUGUGUCUAUACUGAAGCUGUGCUGAAUGACCAGGGCUUGGUUUGCCACGUGCAGCUUUUGACUAAGUCAGACCGCACGAUAAUAAUACCCGGAAAAAAAUUAUCCCUUUAUUUUUGACUCCGAAGCUAAAAACAAACCAAACAAACACAAGUCAGUUUUAUCAGAGGUUUAUUGCAUAACAUAAAGAAGCAGUGCUGUAUGAAAUUGUUCGCUAGUUUAAUGAGCUUCAGGCUGCAAAACUAGAAUAUUCUGAAAUAUUUCCACCAUGUUGUUUGGCCGUUGCGUACAACUUAUAAUUCCCACACACUUGUAGAGGUGUUGGCUAGAGGCACGAACAGUCUAAAAGAUGGACGUAGCCACCGUUACCUUACCCACCCCCCUCAGUGAAGUCCCUUCGAGCUGAGUGUCUUCUGGCUAAAUGUGUCAAACGAGGAGUGGAUCUACCGCACCCACUCCCAUACCUUGCUUUAUCAGCCUUUCAUCCUUUUUGACAUUAACAGGGACCACAAUUUGCAAAAUAAACACUAUGCUGUAUUCAGUAACACUUGAAAGUAGCGACUGAGACCAUGAACUCGUUGGGAAAAUGUUUACUGAGGUUGCAUAGACUUCUACAAUCUACAGUAAGAGCCAGAAAUCCUUAGAGAAGAGUUUGCAUGCUUGAAAUCCCAGAAAGAUUAAAUCAGAUUAAACUGGGAACUCCCCAGUUAUCCAGGACUAUCUCAUAGAACCCCUAUCAAACUGGAAGUCCACAGAGUGGCAGUUCUUGUGUAUAUUUAAGACAAUUCUCUGAUAUAGCUAUGACCUUACUGAGACUCGGUGUGUUAACCACAAUGUUAAAUUCUGGAAAUCAUCGCCAAGUGUGAACAACCAUCAAGGAUCAAAAGUAAGUCUUGUUGCUUUGAGUAUACUAAAUUGGAUUCUUUCUAAGGAAGAUUUUGCGUUUUAAUUGAUAGGUUUUUUUGUAAACAAUGAUCAGGAUGUGAAACAAAUUGUCUUAGCUUCUGGCAGAAAUGGCAAAGCCCAAGUCUACAGACUAGCUAAUGGGUUCCCAAGGCUUAGUCAAAAGGUGCUUUUUAAACAAAAGAAAGAAAAAAACCUAGCCCUGACAUUGUUGUUUACUCGAGUGUUUGUUCACGUCAACUGAUUUCAUUUUUCUCUGCAGUAAAAGUGUGCAGUGUGUUGGCUUUAUAACAUAAAUAUCGUCCGCCAGCAUCAUCUUGAAUGCAAGAGAAAAAGAAACUUGCUGAAGCUGAGGAUCACACCUGGGACAAAUUCUAUUUACCAGUUAAAUAAAACCACUACUCCAAACAACAUAAAAGCUGCUCCAAAUAUUAUUUGACCUGGGUUUGGAGAUGAACAUCCUCACGCUCAUGAACCUUUAAAGACUCAGAGAACUGGGGUUAAACCUGUAACCCUCUGCUUUUCUGUAAUGUUGGCCAAAAGUGCAGUAUAUCAUAAAGUAUGUGAAAUAUGUGGAAAAACAAAAGUGAACAUCUAUUUGUACAGAUAAAAAUGGUUUAACUGUCCUGUUACAUUGUUGUAUUCAAUAUGUAGAACUUUCUUAUGUGAUUGUGAGGAAGAUUUUUGUAUUAUUUAUCGAUUAUUUUUAUUAAUUUAAUUGUGACCUGACCAAAAUACCCAAUCUGUCUGUUCUGUCUAAAACUGAUAAUGAUGAUGUGUUACAGAGGGAAAUAAUAUGUAUAGGGAUUAAAGAUUUUAUUGUGGCGGACCACCAGGUGGCUCCACUCACACACAAGUUGAAAGGAAGUGUGGGGGUGGAGAUUUUGGCGCUGACUAUAUGUGAAGUUCUGUCAGUUAAUAAAGUUGUUGGAGUGAGACACUGA